CAGUGAUGUCCCCGGUGCUUAAAACAAUGCCUGGUGCACAAUAAAGCUGUGCAAAAUUAAUGAACAGCCUUGUGAAAAGUUGGCUAGACCGUAUCUGGGGGGCCGGCCCCCCCUCUCCCUGCGGUGAGCCCGGACCGGCGAGCUCACUGCGCAGACUCCCCGCUGCAGUGGGCGGAGCCCCUUGGGCCCCGCCCCCUCCUUCCUCCCGCCCCUGCUCAGCCUGUUGGGGCAGAAGCUGGGGCCCCGUGGAGGUAGCAGCAGCUGUCUGCCGAGUAAGGCCGAGGCUCCUCUGGGCCUAGAACACCCCACACAGUGCCAGCUUCUGGUCCCCGCAGUUUGGAGACCCUGACACACCCACUUUGGCACCUGGGAUCUGCAUAACCCCUGACUGCCGGGCACGAUGAAGCCUAAACUGAUGUACCAGGAGCUGAAGGUGCCUGCAGAGGAACCUGCCAGUGAACUGCCCAUGAAUGAGAUCGAGGCAUGGAAAGCUGCAGAAAAGAAAGCCCGUUGGGUCCUUCUAGUCCUUAUCCUGGCGGUUGUGGGCUUCGGUGCCCUGAUGACUCAGCUGUUUCUAUGGGAAUACGGCGACUUGCAUCUCUUUGGGCCCAAUCAGCGCCCAGCCCCCUGCUAUGACCCUUGCGAAGCAGUGCUGGUAGAGAGCAUUCCCGAGGGCCUGGACUUUCCCAAUGCCUCCACGAGCAACCCGUCCACCAGCCAGGCCUGGCUGGGCCUGCUCGCUGGUGCCCACAGCAGCCUGGACAUUGCCUCCUUCUACUGGACUCUCACCAACAAUGACACCCACACUCAGGAACCCUCUGCUCAGCAGGGUGAGGAGGUCCUCCGGCAGCUGCAGACUCUGGCACCCCGAGGUGUGAAGGUCCGCAUUGCUGUGAGCAAGCCCAAUGGGCCCCAGCCCCAGGCAGACCUGCAGGCCCUGCUGCAAAGUGGUGCCCAGGUCCGCAUGGUGGACAUGCAGAAGCUGACCCAUGGUGUCCUGCACACCAAGUUCUGGGUGGUGGACCAGACUCACUUCUACCUUGGCAGUGCCAACAUGGAUUGGCGCUCCCUGACCCAGGUCAAGGAGCUGGGCGUGGUCAUGUACAACUGCAGCUGCCUAGCUCGAGACCUGACCAAGAUCUUCGAAGCCUACUGGUUCCUGGGCCAGGCGGGCAGCUCCAUCCCGUCAACCUGGCCCCGGCCUUAUGACACCCGCUACAAUCAAGAGACUCCAAUGGAAAUCUGCCUCAAUGGAACCCCUGCUCUGGCCUACCUGGCGAGUGCACCCCCACCGCUGUGUCCAAGUGGCCGCACCCCAGACUUGAAGGCCCUGCUCAACGUGGUGGACAACGCCCGGAGUUUCAUCUACAUCGCGGUCAUGAACUACCUGCCCACCAUGGAGUUCUCCCACCCACGCCGGUUCUGGCCUGCCAUUGACGACGGGCUGCGGCGGGCUGCCUAUGAGCGGGGCGUCAAGGUACGCCUGCUGAUCAGCUGCUGGGGACACUCUGACCCCUCGAUGCGGGCCUUCCUGCUCUCCCUGGCUACCCUGCGUGACAAUCAUACCCACUCCGACAUCCAGGUGAAACUCUUUGUGGUCCCUGCGGACGAUGCCCAGGCCCGAAUCCCUUAUGCCCGCGUCAACCACAACAAGUACAUGGUGACCGAACGGGCCACCUACAUCGGAACCUCCAACUGGUCUGGUAGCUACUUCACCGAGACGGCGGGCACCUCGCUGCUGGUGACGCAGAACGGGCGGGGUGGCCUGCGGAGCCAGCUGGAGGCCGUGUUCCUGAGGGACUGGGACUCCCCUUACAGCCAUGACCUUGACGCUGCCGCCGACAGUGUGGGCAACGCCUGUCGCCUGCUCUGAGGCCCGGUCCGAUGGCCAGGCCAGGCCUGCAAGGCCCCUGCAGGCUCAGGUGUUCCGGGUCUCCAUCCCCUGUCCCCGUGCCCCCCCGCUUCUGUCUGACCCACUGUGGCUCCAACAGGCUCCCCUUUGCAACCACCCCGACCCCGGCCUCCCAUCUCUACCUCCGCCCCCACUGGCCUGAUGCUGUGGCCCCAGAGGACCCAGCUGAGCUGCAGGAGGGCUCAGCCCCCAAAGGAGAAGUGGGGGUGCAUGCUGGGCCCAGCCCCCCUGGCCCACCCCACUUCCCAGGGCAAAGAGGGCCCAAGGUCAUAAUAAGAAGUAAAUAACUUGUCUGUACAGCCUGUGCCUGACUGAGUGGUGUGAGGUGGGGUGUCGGGUAGGGGCAGCUGGCAUGAGCCUCUGGGGGGACAUCUUUGUGGGUCCUGGGCCCUCGGCAUGUGGCCAGUGUGGUUUGGUGUGCACUGGAUGCUCAGCACGUGUCUGGGGUGUGCUGAGCCCUCAGUGGGUGACCAGCAUGGGCCAGCGUGUGCUGAACGCUCGGCGUAUGAUGCACGCGAGCUGGUGUGUGCUGAGCAUGGGUGUGUGACCUCGUGGGCAGGCAUGAACAGAGCCUCCUGGAGCCAGCAUGGGGCCACGUGUGCUGCACACUCAGCGUGACCCGAGCCCCAUGAGCACGUGCCAAGCCACUGCCCUGUCCGUGAGGGUGGACUCGCACGUCUGGACACUGGCCUGGAUACCGAGCGUGAACUUAAUACUUCGCAUGUCCCGAGCAUGGAUACGUGCAUGCCAAGCCUGUCACCUGUGGCAAGGACAGGUCAAUAGGCAAUGAGAACUGAGCAUCUGGCCAGCUCAGAUCGGCACCUACUGAACGCUGAGCAUGUUCUGAUGGUGAAUUCUUGCAUGCCAGGUGCUGAGCGUGUUUAAGGGAGGGGGCAGUGUGCCGAGCACAGGCUGCAGUCCGAGCCUGCAGCUCGGGUGGUGUGGGUGGACUGGGUGCAGCACUGGAGAGCAGAGCCUGGGUCCCCUGCACCUUGCCCCCCGUGCCAGUUCAGGCCUCAGGCAAGGAGCACAGGCAUGGGGCGGUACUGCUGAACAGUUCUUUAUUGAAAUAAACAGAGGCAGUAGGGCCAAGGGCAUGCUCAGGGCCAGUGGGGUGCAGCCCCCCCUUCUUGCAUCCCUCUGGCCCAGGAGGCCACAAACCCUUCUGUUUGGGGUGUGUAUGCAGACAUGCACCGUGGGCAGAGGGGGAGGGAAUGGGGAAUUUCUGGAUAACUAUCUUUCUAUAAGAAUAAUCUGUCGGUUCAGGGGAUGGCUCUGAGGAGGGGGUUGCCAGCCCCAUCAGCGCAGCCCCCAGCGAUGGGCAGGGGUGGGGUCACCCAUCAGUGGUGCCCGCCAACGUGCUGCAGAAAGCUGGUGGCCCGGGGUGGACCAUGUGGGUGGGUGUGGCGUGGGGGGAGCCCCUGAGCCCGCGGCCCCCUGAGGCCCUCCAGGGUCCAGUCUGGCUCACUCAGCCAUUCCCCAGGACAGCUGUUGGGGUCGAAGAGCUCAGGGCCUGGACUCUGUCGGGGAGGAGCAGAGAUGGGCAUCACCCAGGAAGCCCCCUCCCAUGUCCCACCUCCGCCCUGGAAACAGCCAGCCUGCCCGCUCGUGGACUCCUUUGGUCCCAACUGCUUCCUUGUGACUUCCUGAGGACAAUUUUGUACAUUCUGAACCCUCUCGACAUUUUGGAGGCUUAAAUGGUGUGUGCUGAGACCUUAAUGUGUCCUGAAGGAGUGUUUGCUGAGACCUUAA